UAUCAGUCAUGGCUAGACAAGUCAACACCAUUCUAUGCAAUGCGGUGGGCAGGAACUCUACUACUUACUCUUGUCUACAUGAUCAGAGUGUAUCUACUACAGGGUUGGUAUAUAGUAACAUAUGCUUUGGGAAUCUACCAUCUCAACCUGUUCAUUGCUUUUCUGUCGCCAAAAGUGGAUCCCUCACUGCUUGAAGAAGAUGAGGGCCCAUCCCUUCCCACCAAGCAGAACGAGGAGUUCCGCCCUUUCAUCAGGAGGUUGCCUGAAUUCAAAUUCUGGCAUUCAGCGACAAAAGGCAUCGUCAUCGCCAUGAUUUGCACAUUUUUUGAUGCCUUCAAUGUGCCAGUAUUCUGGCCUAUACUUGUAAUGUACUUCAUCAUGCUCUUUUGCAUCACCAUGAAGAGGCAGAUUAAACAUAUGGUCAAGUACAGAUACCUACCCUUCACACAUGGGAAGAGGACAUACAAAGAGGAAACAUAAGAAAACAGAGAUUGAGAGCUUUUAUUAAAAGAAAUGGAUGAAGUGGGUGGCGAUCACAUACUUUUCUAUGAACCAGUUGAUUUUUUUUUCUCCUUUUUUUUUUUUCUUUUUUUCAAAAUGCUGCAAAUCUGUGAUUAUUAAACUUUGAUCAGCACUGUAGUAAGGGAUCAAAAAAUUUCCUGUAAAAAGUUUGUGUUUCAAAGGGUUGUCUGGGUUUGUGUGUAUAUAAAUAUAUAUAUUUUAAAAUAUAAUUUUUUUUUUUAAGAUUUUUUUUUUUUUUCAUCCACCGCCAUACUGUUUGAGUGUGAAAAACUAUUUCAGUUGAAGUUUAUGGAAGUAAAACUGCUAAAUUGGGUUCCAGAUCUGAUAAAUUAAAUGUUUUUCAUGGAAUUGCAUGUUAUUUUCUUGUGCUACAGUUACAAACAGAAACUUGAUUUUAAUAACUUAAGUGUAAUUUUUUCACUCCAAAUGCUAUUAAAGAGGCUGUGUCCCUUUGAA